GAGAGAUAGCUAAAAUAGAAUGUUGAGUGGAUUAACACUAGUUGCAGAAAUCUUCUGAGAACAAAAGACUAGAUCUACAUAGACAGAUUUCCCUCGUGGAUACAUUUUCAUAGCGUUAUUAUGUGAUAUGAGAAGUUACUUUUCUUUCUUUGAAGUAACAUGGAUUUUGUACUACAGAAUCAAGAGAAUUGGCUUUAUAGGAAAAAUUGAUAUGUAAAAAGUGGUGCAGGUUUUUAUAGAUAACCAUGACAACAUCAUAUAUGAAUGGGCAUGUGACAGAGGAAUCAGACAGCGGAAUAAAAAAUCUUGAUCUUGCAUCACCAGAGGAACACCAGAAGCACCGAGAGAUGGCUGUUGACUGCCCAGGGGAUCUGGGCACCAGAAUGACGCCAGUGCGGAGAAGUGCACAGUUGGAGCGUAUCCGACAGCAGCAGGAGGAUAUGAGACGUAGGCGUGAGGAAGAGGGGAAAAAGCAAGAACUUGACCUAAAUUCUUCCAUGAGACUUAAGAAACUAGCUCAAAUUCCUCCAAAGACUGGAAUAGAUAACCCUAUAUUUGACACAGAAGAAGGAAUUGUUUUAGAAAGCCCUCACUGUGCUGUGAAAAUAUUAGAAGUUGAAGACUUGUUCUCUUCACUUAAACAUAUCCAGCACACUUUGGUUGAUUCUCAGAGCCAGGAGGAUAUUUCACUGCUUUUACAACUUGUACAAAAUAGAGAUUUUCAGAAUGCGUUCAAGAUUCACAAUGCUGUCACAGUGCACAUGAACAAGGCCAGCCCUCCAUUUCCUCUCAUCUCCAAUGUACAAGACCUUGUACAAGAGGUACAAACUGUCUUAAAGCCAGUGCAUCAGAAGGAAGGACAAGAAUUAACUGCUUUGUUGAAUGCUCCACAUAUUCAGGCACUUUUACUGGCCCAUGAUAAAGUUGCUGAGCAGGAAAUGCAGCUAGAGCCCGUUACAGAUGAGAGAGUUUAUGAAAGUAUUGGCCAGUAUGGAGGAGAAACUGUAAAAAUAGUCCGUAUAGAAAAGGCUCGGGAUAUUCCAUUGGGUGCCACAGUCCGUAAUGAAAUGGACUCUGUCAUCAUUAGUCGCAUAGUGAAAGGAGGAGCUGCAGAGAAGAGCGGGCUGCUGCAGGAGGGGGAUGAGGUUCUGGAGAUCAACGGCAUUGAAAUCCGGGGGAAAGAUGUCAACGAGGUUUUUGACUUGCUGUCUGAUAUGCAUGGUACUUUGACAUUUGUUCUGAUUCCCAGUCAACAGAUCAAACCUCCUCCUGCCAAAGAAACUGUAAUCCAUGUAAAAGCUCAUUUUGACUAUGACCCCUCAGAUGACCCUUAUGUUCCAUGUCGAGAGUUAGGUCUGUCUUUUCAAAAAGGAGAUAUACUUCAUGUGAUCAGUCAAGAAGACCCAAAUUGGUGGCAGGCAUACAGAGAGGGCGACGAAGACAAUCAGCCUCUAGCUGGACUUGUUCCAGGGAAAAGCUUUCAGCAGCAAAGGGAAGCCAUGAAGCAAACUAUAGAAGAAGAUAAGGAGCCAGAAAAGUCAGGAAAACUGUGGUGUGCAAAGAAGAAUAAAAAGAAGAGGAAAAAGGUUUUAUAUAAUGCCAAUAAAAAUGAUGAUUAUGACAAUGAAGAGAUCUUAACAUAUGAGGAAAUGUCACUUUACCAUCAGCCAGCAAAUAGGAAAAGACCUAUUAUUUUGAUUGGUCCACAGAACUGUGGCCAGAAUGAACUACGUCAAAGACUCAUGAACAAAGAAAAAGACCGUUUUGCCUCUGCAGUUCCUCACACAACUCGGAAUAGGCGAGACCAGGAAGUAGCUGGCAGAGACUAUUACUUUGUUUCUCGACAAGCAUUUGAAGCGGACAUAGCAGCUGGCAAGUUCAUUGAACAUGGUGAAUUUGAGAAAAACUUGUAUGGAACCAGCAUAGAUUCUGUACGACAAGUUAUCAACUCUGGCAAAAUAUGUCUUUUAAGUCUUCGAACACAGUCCUUGAAGACCCUCCGGAAUUCAGAUUUGAAACCAUAUAUCAUCUUCAUUGCACCACCUUCACAAGAGCGACUUCGGGCAUUGUUAGCCAAAGAAGGCAAGAAUCCAAAGCCUGAAGAGUUACGGGAGAUCAUUGAGAAGACGAGAGAGAUGGAACAGAACAACGGCCACUACUUUGACACUGCAAUUGUCAAUUCAGAUCUUGAUAAAGCCUACCAGGAACUGCUUAGGCUCAUCAACAAACUGGAUACUGAGCCUCAGUGGGUGCCAUCCACUUGGCUAAGGUGAAGGAAAUGACUAUUUUAUUCUGUGUCAUCAUGUUGGAUUUAUUUGGCAAACCACCAAGAAGAUGGCCUCAAUGCUGAGAAUAAGGUAGAAGGCAGCACUGUAAGCUGCUGACCUGUUUGUAGAUCUCUUAAGCUAGUGGGAAAGGUCCCGCAGGCAAUUUGUACACAACACUCUUUACUUCCUGCACAUGGUUUUAGGGGACCUUGGCUUGUUUGGAGAUUUAAAAUGGAAACUCUCUUCAAAGCAUUUCUGGUUUAACCUGGUAGAACCUUUUGUUUUCUCCUUUUCCUCUUGGUCAGAGUCUAUGAGGACACAUGUAUGUAUAUAUAUAAUACUCCAUUGUCUCACAUGGUUAUAAAUAUUAACAUUAUUUAACAUUUAACUUAAAUGACAUCAUGGGAUUAUUGGGAGAAGAGGUUGUGCUUCUGUACACUGGGAAUAACAGUAUUUUCUUAAACUGAUUUAGUCAUCAGAAAUACUUCUCUUAAAAAGGAAAAGAAAAAAGUGCCACUUUAGUUUUGAACAGCUUCUUAAGUUUAAAAUAAUUUGUUAUGUAUUUUCAUUCUGAAAAACAUUCCAUCAGAAAUACCAGCUUUGCUGGGCAUGGCAGCACACAUCUUUAUCCUAGCAUUAGGAAGGCAGAGACAAGCAGAUCUCUUGAGUUCGAGGCCAGCCUGGUCUACAGAACUAGUUCCUAAAUAGCCAGAGUACACAUAGAAACCCUGUCUCAAAAAACCAAAAAUAAAGAAAUAAAACCAUGUUUUUAGCUCAGACUUUGUGGAUGAGAAUGCAUACUCAGCAGCCUCUAGUGUAGU